UCCUCCUUAAGUAACGCUGUUUGAUCACGAACUAGUCGUUAGUUGCUAGAACUGGUUCUGUGAUCGAUGGGUGUGCAUGUCUAUCUAGAAUAUGAGUUUACAGGAUUUAUUUGAAGCGCCAACCCAUCGGCCGCGAUAUGUCGAAUACUCGGCCACACACGACAGCAGAGACAUGGAGGAGGUUGAGGACGAUAAUGAUAUCCUUCCAGACCUACCAGAGGGUGUUCAGCGUAAUUCGGGGAGGAGGCGAUCUUCGCUCCACAUUGAGGACGAGUACCUGGAGGGUGGCCGGAGACUGUCGAUCGAAGGCUAUCUAAAAGGACGAAGGAGAUCCUCUAUGCGUAGGGGAAGCAGCAUCCUGGACCAGUCACAGCUACAGAAAGGUAGCAUCAAGCCGAAAAAUCCAUUUGAGAUUUACUCAUCUGAGCCACUGUGGGAGAAAUACGAAGAUCAACCAGAUAUUCCGGAUAGAUGGCGAGGCAACACUAUAGAUAAGGGGUAAUGGCAUUCAUUAAUGGAUUCACUUCUCAA